AUGAAUCCUUAUAAAUGUGAGAAGUGUAAGCAGUUUUUCAAGCUGAGAGCUCAUUUGGAGAAUCAUUCUAAAACAUGCAAGACUGGUGACAAGGCAUCGUCAUGCGACGAAGUUGGGACUUCUGAUGGAAAUACAGAGAUAAAAGUUGAGGCUGUCAUGAGCUUAUCACGAAUGAGAUUCCUGCUGGCUCUACUACUCACCAUGAUUGCAACCAAAGAAAAACUGAAGUAUUUAGGGUUUAACAAACGCCUUAUAGACGAUAUUCUUGUGGAGUCACUGGAGGCAAUGGGUCAUGUUCCAUGUGUACUUAAGUCUCUAUCACCAUUAGAACGUCUCAGGAACAACAUAAACAUAUUAAUGAAGGCAACAGUUCCGAAGGAGCAGAUGGAGAAAUUUCAAAAAGAAAACAAAACCACUGAAGAAUUGCUGGAGCUAUUGACCAAUGAAAAGAAAAGUACC